AUCUGUAUAUUUACACAGACCUGUUUACCAAACUCCUAGCUUAUUAUAAGCCUAAGCAUCUCGAGGCAUGCUCCAUUUACCAAACCAUGCAACCAGUGUUCCUUAAUUAUCUCGAGUAAUACACACGGAGAUCACUGCUUACACAGUCCAUAAUUUCAAUUAUCCGAUCAAACAAUACGAUUGCGAUCGAGCUAAUCGGAUAAAUAAUUCUAGGCAAAGGAUAAGAAUUCUUUAGUUGGAAGGAGGACAGCGUUCGCAGUUCAGUUUUAGGCAAAAUGUAACGAGUUCCGUCGACUUCUCUCAGUCUGGGUGGGGUAAGCCAUCGGCGAAUGGUCUUGGGAAGCGACUCGAGGGUAUUUUCAUCGCAACAGUACAACACGUGCACCCGGCCAGUGCACGCACAGUUCUCUUAGUUCUUACUCCGUCGAGUGUUCGCCGAAAUGCAACGCGAAUCGUCUUUUAAACAUUUCUAAGCAACGGAAACAGGAAGUGCGAUGGGAGUUAGCUGAUAUUGUCCGCGUGAUGGCAAUAUGGCCAACAUCAAGGUGGCAGUUCGAAUAAGACCGAUUUCUGCCAGGUUUUCUCUUCGCAGAGAGUCGAAUCUAACGGGGUCGGAGGUGGUCGUCCGCACGAACUCGAACGAGAUCUCGUUGACAAACCUGAAAGUCUCGUCGAGCAAGGCUGGGGACAGCCGCGAACGCACGCGGAAAUAUGGUUUCGAUUACUGCUUCGACUCGUCCAAACCGCAGGCGGAGAAUUUCGCAGACCAGGCCAAGAUUUAUCAGACUUUGGGAGAACCAGUCCUGGACGCCGUCUUCUCUGGAUACAAUGCCUGCCUGGUGGCUUAUGGACAGAGUGCUUCUGGGAAAACGUAUACCAUGAUGGGCACCAAGGAGGAUCCCGGUCUCACGCCGCGUCUCUGCGAGGGUUUGUUCGCCAGGAUCGAACAGCAGAACGAGAGCUAUCGCGUUUCCGUGAGUUACCUGGAGAUAUACAACGAGAGGGUGAGGGAUCUUUUGAAGUCGUCCUCGAGUGCCAGUGGAUUAAGGGUUCGCGAGCAUCCUCGACUCGGCCCUUACGUUCAAGGUUUAACCCAGCACGUGGUCCGCACGCUGGGGACGUUGAUGUCCUACGUCGAAGAGGGAACCAAGGCUCGUAAGACCGCGUCGACGUUGCAAAAUCCAAGCAGCAGUCGUAGCCACGCUUUAUUGACGAUAGCCGUCGCGACGGAGACGCAGGCCGUCGGCGCCUCGAAGAAGAACUCGGGACGGGGCGGUAGCAAAUUGCGACUGGUCGAUCUGGCGGGCAGCGAGAGCGCGGCCACGUGCAGCGGCGUUCAUCGACUGAAAGAGGGCGCGAAUAUAAACAAGAGUCUAGUAGCUCUAGGGAACGUGAUAUCGGCUCUCGCGGAGAGGGGCUCGACCGGAAGUGGUCCAGGGAGGAGGUUCAUCCCUUAUAGAGAUUCUUCGCUUACUUGGCUGUUGAAGGACGCACUUGGCGGAAAUGCCACUACCAUUAUGCUCGCCACAAUUUCGCCAGCGAGCGGAAGUUACAACGAGACCGCGCACACACUGCGCUUCGCUCAAAGAGCGCAGAGCGUGGUCAAUCGACCAGUGGUUAACGAGGAUCCUGUAGCGAGGAUCGUCCGUGAGUUAAGAGCCGAGGUGGACAGGCUCAAGUCGUUGCUACUCGAGAAGAAUAUAUCGGACAAGGCGCUGCUGUGCUGCUGUCAGAAUCAACCCACUGGAUCGAAUCAACUGUCAGAAGUGGCAUCUAGACAAUCAAUAGAACAAGAUCCGGAGUCUAACAAUGAAACCCAGAAGACAGAAUCGGUGCCGAAGAUAGAAAAAGAACGAAGCGUUGUCCCGUUGCGAAGAUCGAAUUCCAGUGACAGCGGAACCGCGCGCGAGGUCGACACGAUAAAGAAAUUCGGUUCCUUGGAAUUCGUAGCUGGCGAACGUUUCAGUUACAGUAGAGCCAAAGUGACUGAGCUGAACGAAGAAGAGGACGAAAUCAAUGAAAUCCAUGAAUCCGUGUUCGUCGAUAUCCCAACGUUAGUCGCCGUUUUAAUAAAACCGGACGACGAUCUCCAGGAGUCUAGCGCGCAGAUCGAGGAAAUCUGCUCGGACGAGGUUAACGAGGAACCGAUUGAAUUCAUCGAAAGGGUCAACGAAGCUUUUGAGGGAUCUGAGAAACAGGACAGCAUCGAACCUGAUGACUCGGUGAAUUCGUGCCACACGUCCGAAGCCGAGAUCUACACGAGGUCAAGGGCGAAGCCAAAAUUUCGCAAGCAGGACUCGGUGGAUGUGUUACCAGUUUCUCUGUUAUCGAAUCUGCACACUUCGAAGAAGUUCGGUUCGGUGGAGACGAUCCAAAAGAAGAGAGAGCCUCUGUUCCCUUUAGAGAGAUCGCAUACGAACUUAGAGAAGCGUUGCACAAUUCCUGAUCGUGUAAAAAAGCUGAACAACAUCCGAGAGAUCGACGAUCAGAUCUCGAACAGAAGCUGGGGCAUAGAUCAGCUGCAGAGGAAAGGCAGCAACGAUUCUGACAAGAGUUUAAAGGAUCAAGGCUCGAAGUCAAAGAGUCAUGCGAGGAAGCCUAGUUUAGAGACUCUCAAGAGAAAGACCAGUAAAGAUAGUAGUUCUAGCAGCUCGAAGGACGAACAGAUCCUUAUUUCGAGCUUGGCCCGCGACAAACUGUUGCGCAGGAAGAGCUCUCUGGAGGGAGAGUCGUCGUUAAAGAAUCACACGCCUAUUCAGAGAGCGAAACGAGCGGAAAUCGUGGCCGCUGUGACGGAAAGGUUGUACGCAAGCCGGAAGCACUCGGAGGACCCCUCCGAGAUGCGUUCCCCGCCAGAGUCCACCGCCGACAUCAAGUCUGUUACUAGAAUGAAGCUGCAGGAGAUCUCGAGGAAAAUGCUGGGCAAACGAAGGAGAGUCUGCGUGGACACUCAGACCGAAUGUUUCACCGUUCGGAUGAAGGACACCGCGUCCUUAACGGAAACGCCCGAAGUAAUUUUGCAAGACGUGGGAGUGCUGACGGAUCAUCAUGAGUUUUGCGAGUACUCGAAUAAAAGGACGCCGGUGUUGAGAAUGAAGGAAAUCUCUACUCUGACUGAUAAACCGAAGACGAACAUCGUCAGGUGCAAAGACGCGGCUAGCUUGGCGAACGACCUCGAGGAGUUUGAUUACGAGAUCCAUUCGCCGCGGAAUGAUUCUGGGAUUUUAUCGGACGACGCUCAGAAUUAUGCGGAGAGUAACUUAAGCAGCACCGAGGUGUCGGAUCUCCACGAGGCUGAUAGAAGAGUAUUAUAUGCGGAAAGUUCGACGAAUACGAGCAUGUUCUCUUCGUGUCGAAGUUUUGCUGUUCAGACGCCGCCGCGACCGGAAGCCUUUGAUCGGAGAACCGUAUCGGAGAUGCGAUCCGAGAAUAAAGGAUGCACCAGGCAGUGCUGCGUUCAGCAAAACGAAACGGGCAAUCCUGAGAAGAGUGUGAUUUCUAUACGAUUGCCAGACACCAUCAGUAUCACUAUUGAGAGCUCGAAUACGUUGGAGUCUAGGAUUACAGUGGAUAACGAUGAUGCGCAGCAAAAGAUGAAGCCAUUGAUUAAAGAUGAAAAAAUUCAAACGGAGUGGGAGGAGGCUUGUCGUCCAACGGAAUCUAUACAGAGUCAAACCGAUAGUAAGGUCUUCAGGAUAGAGAACAUCUUUCAGGAUCCUAACAAUGCGAUCAAGAAUUCGCGGGUCGAGAGGUCCAGGGCCAGGAAUUCCAUUACUUUUAGGAAUUCCCUGGGGACGUCGUACGUGUGCCAGGCGAAGGAGACUUCGGAAGGAUACCAGGAUGAAGGAUUUAUCAGGGACGGAUUAAUUACGGAGACGUUUAUCAAUCGAAAACGCGGUCUGCGACCCAGCUCAGUCGUUUACCAAGAUCCUUUGAGGAAUUGGCAGGUCCCUGUUUCAUUUUCAACCAAAAUUAAUCCUAUUAAUUAUGAACAAAUCGUCCCGUCGUUCAGGGAACUAGAAAUCAAUGAAAAUUCAGGAGACUCAGGACUCUCGCUUGGAGUCACAGGAAAUCUGCAUGGAUUCACGAACACGUUCCAAGAGGAUUCCGAUUUAAAAGACGAUGAAACGGACAUACCGUCUGCUAGCAUGGAUCAUGAUCAUGCCUUUUCGGAUGACAGUCUGGAUUACAAUGAAUAUAACGUUGAUAACGAAUCGGUGAUCCCGAAGAUGAAGCAGAUGAUGGACAAACGCGAUAAUUUCUGUCCACCCGACGUAGUGGCGCAUACCAAAAAGGAUUGUCCAAAAUCUUCGGAGAACGAUGAGUCUGUUAACUGCGAUUUCGAGGAUGUGCAAAUAGAAUUUCCAAAAAAGAAACCUACAGAGGACUGUACUCAGAUACACGAUUACAAAUCUUUGAUUCUGGGUGUACAAAAACUCGAGGCUUCUUACAAGUCUGCAGAAAUCGAUGAUACACUUGAUACCAGUUCAAAUCACGCAAAGAGUUCUGAUAAGAAAAAAGUGUCAUUUUCUAAUAUAUCAGAGAAUCUUAGUAACUCGAAACGUGAUUCGAAACCAAUUCUGAAAUCGAUCAUCAAAAAGAGAAGAAAGAAAUUGGCAGAACCUGUUCAAUCUUCCAAUGAUGAGACAGAUGAUUCUCAAAACGAAGACAGAACCGGUCUGGCGUCAGAAGAUUCAAGAGAAGAGCCACAAUGUAGCUCCGAAAGAAUCAGAGAUUCUAUAGAGUCAAUUGAGGCGAGCACAGAUAAUCGCAAGAAGGUGAAGUUCUCAAUGGAAGAGUUGGAAGACGAGUGGAGCUCGGAGGAGGACGACGACGAAAUAAGAACAGACGUCUUCGAGGAGUAUCUGAGCGAGGCUGUGACCUUCAUGCGAAAUCUGAACUCCAUCAGUGAGUACGUGAACGGAAGGAAGAGCGAUAGGUACGUUACGUCGUCGAGUCGCGCACGUGGCAAUCGGAGGGCGCGACGAAGAAGCUGGAAUCGCGAUUACCUGGAAUACGCGAGUCGAAAGGUGAAUUCCAAGGAAGUGACUAACCAUCCAGAAGUGGACGAUGAUUUCGUGACUUCGACGGAGUCGUACGAGAGAUGUCUGAAAGGUAUUCAGAGGCUGGAGGACUGCAUUCGAAGGGUCGACAGGCAUAACGAACUGCUUAAAGAAAAGUACGGCAUCGACUGCGAAUCUGCUGGCGCUAGACUGGGUCUAGCGAGUCCUAGCAUGGAUCCUCGCGUGCCAAUCUCGAAUGAUUUCGAAUCGUUCGAUCGGACGGAAUUUGCGAAGCAGAAGGAGGACGAUGAUUUGGAGAAGAAGAUCUUUACUCAGUUGAUGAACGUCGCCAAUUCCAUCUGCCAACGAAAUUCCAAUCCUCGAUCGAAUUUAUCGGACGGUGGAUCGAAAUUUCGUGAGAAACGUAAUUACGUCAAGGAACUGUUUGAUGGAGAUAUUACAGGGAGUAUUAACUUAGAGACUUCUGGCGAUGAUCAAGAGUUUGAAACUUAUGAAGUAACAGGAAAUCUGUCCUUUGGGAAGACCCUGGACGACUUUGAAUCCACGUUGGAAGACGAUUUCUUACCCCUAAGCAGAGCGAAUCCUUCCUCGCCGUGGUCAGAUUCGACUCUCGAUGAUUACAUACGUAAUUUCGAUUCUGAAGCAAUCGAUAAAAGAACUACUGGCUACGUCGUUUCACCAAAGAGAACCGGACAAGCAAGCCAUCAUUUGCAGGAAACGGAUGAUCAACGAAAAAUCAAUGGCUGCAAAUGCUCGUGUUCGAAAGAUCAUUCGAGCGUCGAAACCGCGCAGCUACUUGAAAAACUCAGAUACCCCGGCAGCCCGAGAGCAAAAUUUUUAGAAUUGCUUCGAGAGAGGCGGAGAAUCGUCGAGUGCAGCCGUGGUGGCACUUGAACUUGUAAAAUUGUAUUUUUCUAUCGGAGCACACCUUUGUACAUAAUAGAGUUGAGAAUUUUUGUAACUUAUCACGUGACACUUAUCUUCUGUGAGUGCAAUAAAGUACUUUCGUUAAA